CCUUCUGCUCACAACCGCGCAUUCUCCCCUUUUUCAAGAGAGAGAAAGUGAAAGUGAGAGCAGGAGAGAGAUGUCUGGCUGGGACGAGGGUGGAGUAUACUACAGCGAUCAAGCGCAAUUCCCCCAUGGCGGCGGCGACCAGGCGGACACCGCCAACCGCCAUCAAGCGCUCCAGAAAUUCAAGGAAUUCAUAAGAAAUUUCCAGCACAAGAGCCAGCCCAACGUCUUCCCUUACAGAGAGGCCCUCUUGUCCAACCCCAACUUCCUGCUUGUCGAUCUCGCCGACCUCAUCUCCUACGAUCCCGACCAAAUCCUUCCCCAAUUGCUUCGACACAAUCCCGCCGACUAUCUCCCGCUGUUUGAAAAUGCAGCAGCAGAGGUUCUGGCAGGUCUCAGAGCUAGGGUUCAAGGAGAUACUGGAGAAAUGGAGGAGCCGGUGCCAGGGGAAGUUCAAGUGCUCUUGAAGUCAGAACAGGAUCCUGUAUCAAUGCGAUCGUUGGGGGCACAGUAUAUUUCAAAACUAGUAAAGAUCUCUGGGAUUGUUAUAGCUGCCUCAAGGACUAAGGCAAAAGCUACAUAUGUGACACUGUUAUGUAAGAAUUGCAAGAAUGUGAAGCUUGUUCCAUGUCGUCCAGGGCUUGGUGGAGCAAUUGUCCCGCGUUCUUGUGAUCAUGCCCCUCAGCCUGGAGAAGAGCCAUGCCCGAUUGAUCCUUGGCUCGUGGUUCCUGAUAAAAGCAAGUAUGUAGAUCAACAGACGCUAAAGUUGCAGGAGAAUCCUGAGGAUGUCCCCACUGGAGAGUUACCAAGGAACAUGCUUCUGUCUGUAGAUCGCCAUCUUGUGCAAACAAUUGUUCCUGGAACAAGAUUAACAAUCAUGGGGAUAUACAGUGUCUUUCAAGCUGCCAACUCAUCAGCUUCUCAUAAAGGAGCAGUAGCAGUCAGGCAGCCCUAUAUUCGUGUUGUUGGAUUAGAGGAAACUUCUGAGGCUAAUUCUCGAGGGCCUACCAACUUCACCAGAGAUGAGAUUGAAGAAUUCAAAAAAUUUGCAUCAGAAACUAAUGCAUAUGAAGAAAUAUGCUCCAAGAUUGCCCCGUCAAUAUUUGGCCAUGCAGACGUGAAAAAGGCAGUUGCCUGCCUUUUGUUUGGAGGUUCAAGAAAGACUUUGCCUGAUGGUGUAAGAUUAAGAGGUGAUAUCAAUGUGCUGCUCUUAGGAGAUCCGUCCACAGCCAAGUCCCAGUUUCUCAAGUUUGUUGAGAAGACUGCUCCAAUAGCUGUUUAUACUUCUGGAAAAGGCUCAUCUGCUGCUGGUCUGACUGCUUCUGUAAUUCGAGAUAAUAGCACAAGGGAGUUUUAUCUUGAAGGAGGUGCCAUGGUCCUAGCAGAUGGAGGAGUUGUUUGCAUAGAUGAAUUUGAUAAAAUGAGAUCAGAAGACAGGGUUGCUAUUCAUGAAGCUAUGGAACAGCAAACUAUAUCCAUUGCUAAAGCAGGAAUAACAACAGUUCUCAACUCAAGGACCUCUGUGCUUGCAGCGGCCAAUCCUCCGUCUGGGCGUUACGAUGACCUUAAAACUGCUCAAGACAACAUUGAUUUACAGACAACAAUUCUAUCAAGAUUUGAUUUAAUUUUUAUCGUAAAAGAUAUCAGAAUGUAUGCACAGGACAAGAAUAUUGCCAGCCACAUCAUCAAAAUUCAUGCAUCAGCUGAUGGAACCACUAGCGACACAAGGACUACCAAAGAAGACAACUGGCUGAAAAGGUAUAUAAACUAUUGUCGGACUGAAUGCCGUCCUCGUCUUUCAGAGUCUGCAGCAUCCAGAUUGCAGGAGAGCUACGUAAAAAUCAGACAGGAUAUGAGAAAGCAAGCAAAUGAAACUGGUGAGGCUACUGUUAUACCAAUUACAGUAAGGCAGUUGGAGGCUAUAGUGAGGUUAAGUGAAGCACUUGCAAAAAUGACUCUGUCUCACGUGGCGAAUGAUAACCACGUCCUAGAAGCCAUCAGGCUAUUCAACAACUCUACAAUGGAUGCUGCACGUUCUGGAUUAAAUCAACAUAUAAACCUUACUCCUGAGAUGGCAAAUGAGAUAAAGCAAGCGGAAACACAGAUCAAGAGACGGAUGGGGAUUGGAAGCCAUAUUUCAGAGAGGCGGCUCAUCGAUGAGCUUUCUAGAAUGGGAUUGAAUGAAUCCAUUGUUAGAAGAGCGUUACUGAUUAUGCAUCAAAGAGAAGAAGUGGAAUACAAGCGAGAAAGACGAGUGAUAGUCCGUAAAGCUUGAAGUCAUAGCAAGGUAGAACUGAACUCAUGCAGCUCAAUCUUCCAUUGUAGAAGAAUGUUUGUUGAAAGAUGCAGAGAUGAGAUUUAUCUUCUCAAUUUAUUAUUUGUGCUCUGUAUCUCUUCAACGAAGGAUAUAAAUCGAUAUGGUUUACUACUUUCGCAAGGACAUAGUGAAACUUAGCGAGUUCAAUAUCUAAAUGUUAUGAAUA